AUGGCAAAGACACCUCUGGAUAAGCUUUCGGCUACAUUGUUGAAUGACACUUUGGAGAUAUGGAAAGAAAUUCCCAAGCCAAAAGAUAAGCAGGACGCUGCAUUUGACAAUUACUUCUCUGUUGACGAAUUAAGGAAGCGAUUCGAUUCUCCUCCUGAGGCAUCUCUACAAACUAAACCUUUAGUUCCCGCCAUUGACUUUGUUAGGAGCACGUCCAAGAUAUGGGAUAGUAUCAUUCACGAUAAAGCUCUCGACAUUCCUUCUCACAAGGUGAUGAUUGCUAAAGUUAGAUGUGAACAAAUUGGUGAUGAUAAAUUUAAUGCGUUCAUUGCUAAUGAGGAAUGGUCUCAACUGAAAGGAGCAGUUAAUAAUAGCCCUCCAGUGUCAGGUUUUGGCAUAAAAGUUACUUCAAUGGUGGACAAAUAUUUAGCCGAAUAUGAUCAAGAAGCCGAAUUUUAUGACGAAGUUAUUAAGGCGGACAACAGAGAAAAACUAAAACAACGCUUGUUGCAAGAAAUCAAACCGACAUUUGGGUCCUUAAUGGACAACAUAUCUUCUCAAGCUCUAAAUGACUUCAAAUUUAACCUCGACAAAGAUCUGAAUGAAGGGAAAAAAUUCCGUGAGGCUGCGGACUGGUCUAAGAUGCUGGAGAAAUUUGAUUCUGAUUAUGAAGAUUCAAGGAUUCAACAUGCGGAAAAGACUACAAAAGUAAGAGAUAAGUUGGUGUCACAAAUAAGCAGUCAUGUGGAUUCUAUUAGGUCAAUGAAACAAAAUGAGCUGACAAGCCAAGUUAACUCGAGACUAAAAAGUGGGCUGAGAGAAUCUAUGGGAGCUAUUCUGAAAAAACCUGAAAGUAAUAUGUGGGACAAUCUUAAUGAUCUCUUUCAAAACGAGACAGAGACGGCUUGCUCUGUGCUUAGGGAUGGCCUAGAGGACUUGGGCACAAAUGACAAUGCUAAGGUAGAAGAAAAUGAAUUGUUGAAGGCCUAUGGAAGAAAUAUAAUCGAGAAAAGUGUUAGAGAAGAAACUUAUAAAAUUUUACAGCACAUGCAAGACAAGUUUUGUUAUAUCCUCUUGAAUGAACCAAACUCAAGUAUCCCACGAUCUUGGAAAGGAAGUGACGUGAUCGAAGACAUUGUAAAGAAUGCUCGAACUCAGUGUGUAAGUAUUAUGUCUGCCAUGGCUAUAAUAAGAUUGGGCAUUAAUAAAGAAAGUGACAACAUUCAACAAAUUCUCUCUAAUGCUUUGCUAGAUGGAGGUGGAGAGGGUCGUCUAACAUCUAGUAGAUGGGAUGGGGUGGAGCCAUCGAAGACAUUGAUGAGCCCAGCUUCUUGUGCUACUGUUUGGGAUCACUUUCUAGAUUCCUCUGGCAUUAUCAUUACUUGUGUUAAACAAACUAUUCAAGCAAGGAAUGAUGCUGAUAAUGCUACUGCAGCUAAUAAUCAGCCGCAACAACAAGAAAAUCACCAAUCCAAUAUUGGAUUGGCAUUGGCGGAAUCGGCUUUGCGAAUGGCAUUACCUGUCCAUGCACUUGUUUUUGAUGUCGUUGGAAAACUAGUUAAGUAA